ACCAUGCCACAAAUGUACAUGCAUAAUUAUGACACAUUUAAAUUAGUUCGGUCUGUAUGAUGAAAUAGAUAUUAGAUUACGAAAUAAUUCACCAUAACGGUUAUAAUUACAUAAAAGUUCAAUUGUGUUAAAUCCUUUGCUUAAAACGCAAUAGACAAUCUUGAACAACCUAAAAACAUGUGGGAAGUAAAACGCUAAGACUAAGUCCGUUUUUUUUUCUUAACUAGAUGCCUGCAAAUAGUUUUUUCUCAUUUAUUUAUGGUCAGCCAUCCCCCUGACGCGCACCGUGUUUUUGUUUGACGUUGAAGUUGACCCAUACCUAACGUGCCAAUGUCUGAAAUGUCAUGUCUCGCCAUGUUGUCCAUGCUUAACGUGACGUGGGCCUCGCGAUGUUUCAGAGAGGAGGGGAGUGUCAAAUUCCAGGAGAGAGGAGAGGGAGUCGGAGAUAGGGGCGCAAAGUUACAUUGCAAGCUCUUUGCAAAAAUGGGGGAUGACCGACCUUUUGUGUGUGCUGCCCCUGGCUGUGGACAGGGCUUUACCAACGAGGACCACUUGGCGGUACACAAACACAAGCACGAGAUGACGCUCAAGUUUGGACCAGCCAGAACGGACUCGGUCAUUAUUGCAGACCAGACUCCAACGCCCACCCGCUUCCUCAAGAACUGCGAGGAGGUGGGCCUGUUCAACGAGCUGGCCAGCUCCUUCGAACACGAGUUCCGCAAAGCACAGGAGGAUGACGACAAGAGGUCCAAGAACCCUCUCACAGCAGCCAGCCACCCCGCCGCUCAGGGUCUGCAGACGCCGUCGGACGUCAAGGUGAAGGAGGAGGACCCCGUGGAGGUGGACUCCUCCCCGCCGUGCAGUCCCGGCUCCAUCUCCAGCGACUCCGAUGGGGGCUAUGGGGAUCCCCCGUCCAUGAAAAGGGACACCCCGCCCCGCAGCUCGGCCCCGACCCCAACCAUCGUGCGGCCAGGGUCCCUCCCGCUCCACCUUGGGUUCGACGCCCUUCAGCCGACCAUGCCUUCCCCCACCUCCGUCAUCACCCAGACACCACCCUCCAAUCGCACCCUGGGCUCUCCCACCAGCCACUACCCCAUGAUGAUGCUCCCCAAUGGGCAUGCAGUGCCGGUGCUCCCAGGACCAGUGCAGAUGCCCUCUGUCAUCAACCUGGCCCGGCCCGUUUGCAUGGUGCCCAACAUUCCUGGGAUCCCUGGACCUCCCAUGGGAGGCAGCAGCAGUGGCUCCAGCUCCCCCUCUGGCUACAGCAUCCACUCCGAGGCAAAGAUGCGUCUGAAGGCGGCGCUGUCGCAGCAGAGCCCAUCCGGCCUGGGCAUGGGAGGUAUGAUGGGCAUGGGCUGCAGUCCCAUGGUGCCCCAGAGGGCCGAGCAGAGCCAGCUGUUGGUGCAGCACCCAGACGCCCCGUCCCCCGCACAGCCACAGUUCUCCCCGGCCCAGCCCACCGGCGGGAGGCGGCGACGCACGGCUGAGGACGACCCCGACGAGCGGAGGCAGCGCUUCCUGGAGAGGAACCGGGCGGCGGCUUCGCGCUGCCGACAGAAGCGCAAGGUGUGGGUCUGCUCCCUGGAGAAGAAGGCCGAGGAGCUGAACUCCAUGAACGUCUCGCUGUCGAAUGAGGUGUCACUGUUGCGAAACGAGGUGGCUCAUCUGAAGCAGCUGCUGCUGGCUCAUAAGGACUGUCCUGUCACCAACAUGCAGAAGAAGACGGCCUACCUAGAGGGGGGCAUGAAGGAGUCCAGCGAGCCCAUCGGCUCCCCGGCCCCGGUGAUCCAGCACAGCUCCCUGGCCCCAAGCCCCUCGGCGGGGCCCAACGGCCUGAGCUCGCGGGCGGCAGCGGAGGCCAUGGCCAUGUCAGUGCUGGCAGGCAUGGGCCAGCAGCGUCACCACCACCACCACCACCACAACAACAACCACCACCACCACCACCAGAGGGCUGAAGGCGGAGCCUCCCACGUCAUCAUGGCUGUACAGUCCCACUCUAGUGCCAGAUGAUGAGCCAGGUCACCGCCGCCCAGGCAUAGCUUACACUUCACCACCAGGGGGCAGAGUCGGAGCAAGGAAAAAGAAACCUCGCUGACCCCAAAGAGUCCGAACACCUGAACUAUUGCCUGUCUCCUUUGCCUCCGCUUCUUUCUUUUUUUACCCUCCAGUGGAGCCAUGUUGCUGAAGCCUGGAGCUCAGCAGCAAGCCUUCUGGGAAUAGACUGAGACUAUUGAGAGAGCUUCCUGUUCACUCUGCCAUAAACUACAGGGGCUGGACUCCAACCUUGCUCUCCCCCCUUUAAACCCCACUCUCCUCGGCUGUCAUCUCCAUCUCCCUCCCCUCCGCCUCCCCCCCUCAGUCAAUACAACACUUCACUGGACUUCAAUAGGACUGCAUCACUAACGAGUUUACUGCCGUAGCAACACUCUCCCCGUGGACACAUCGGCGCAUGUUCUGUAACACAUCAACACAGCAACUGUUUUAACUUUCUACGUUCGAGCGAAUAACCAAACACAACACACAGGGCUUUUAUACUUACAGAUGCUGCAGGGGGGCCUUGGGCUCAAUCAAUGUUUUUAUCCUAAUGCACUCAACCAUCAAAGAUGCAAUAGCCUGGAUACACUAAAAAAGUGUAAUGUAUGGCCCAUAACCUAUUGUGUCAAGAUCAUAUCAACCUGCACCCCCCCCCCCCCCAAAAAAAAACGUACCUCAUGUAAACCCCUUUAUAAGGUGUAUAAACUGUGUGAGUGGCUCUGUGUAUACGUGUAAGUAUAUCAGAAGCUAGCAGUUGGCUUACUAAAGGUCUGAUACACUAAUAGCUAGGUUGUUAGCAUGUGACUUUUUCUACUUGCUUGUUUUAACGUUCUCCACAUGGGCAGCUAUCUUCUAAAGUUAACUCUCAUAUCCUCACCAGUUGGGCCACAGAACCAAAAAUUAGAAUCAACCAAGUUAAAGUUUUUUAUAAUCGCUUUCUGCAGAUUUUUGCAAUACGUCAAUAUAUUUUACUGUUUUUUGUCAAGUCUGAAGGGAAUUAAUCUGUUGUGUCACUCACAUACCCGCUUUCCAGCUCUCACUCUCCCUCUCUACACUAGGUUAUUAAUGGUAUUUAUUGUUUUUUAAAUGUAUGCCAUUUCUAUAUUUGUGAGACUGUAUGAAUUGACGUUUCUCUGUGUGACCUCUCACCUUACACUUCUGGCUGCUUGCUGAGGUGUAACACAGCCCUUAACCUCUCAGUGAACAAACCAAAUGUUAACUAAGCCAUAAUGACUACCCCCAGAUCUCCCAUCAUCUCUAGAGAGCUCCCUGUCCUGUCUGGUUCCCACUAGGGGUGUGAACGGUUACAAAAAAUUGUAAACGGUUUACACAACCCCUUUUUUUUUUUUCGUGUACACGGUUAACCUUUUAUUUUUAUUAAUGAAAAAAAGUAUUAUUUUUUUUAAAGUGAACCGCAGUCGCGCUAUAGGGGGAUAUUUGUUUAUCAACAAGGUGGAUGCGCGAGCAGAAUGAUUGCAAACAUAACCUUUGUUUGACCGGUUGCCAUGGUUAUCUCUGUGCGGUUAAUUUGCAGGUGCAGUGUUAAUUAGGAUGUUGUCAGCUUACUGUUACAUUAAACUGUAAUCAGAAAAAGCGGUUAUAUGCUAUAUACCCUAGAGUAUCCAUGGUAUAAAGGCUGGGACGAAUUUCGAAUUAUAAAUAUGUAAACUAUGUUGAAAGUAUGGACCGUCGCGAUUCCCAUUGAAACAAUGGCGCAGCGGUUUUUAUUUUUUAACGGUUUUCGUUUACUUAUUUUUCCUAAACGGUUAUGAUUUACUAACCGGUUACACGUGUACCCGUGCACACCCCUAGUUUCCACUACAGGAAAAAAUACCUUGACUGUUGUUUUUAGCGUUCAGAGCUCACAAUCUUUAUCACUGCUCUUUCACUCACACUCAGAGAUUCAUCAUUUUGCCUUAAAAUCACAUUGGUGCCUCCGACUACCCCAUUCAAAAAUACAUUUUCCUGCAUGAAUAACAGCCUUAUGAAUGAAAUAAAUUGUCAAUAUUGGAUGUUUUCUAUUUUGAAUGAAAAUCCAUUGCAGUCGGAUUCAGAAUACACAUUUUGAACUGGGGUUAAUUUAAUUUAAAUAACCCCUGAAUGAUGUGAUGAAUACUUGUCUGCCCUCCUAGUGAGGGAAUAAUGCGAAGACGUGUAUAUAUUAACGGCCCUUGCUGUCAUGGUACAUGGUCGUUUUUAUUGGGA